CCACCUCCUGGGACCUGCCAAGUGUAAGUCCCUCACAGAUGGGAUCUGAGGCACACGUUCUCUGCCAGAACUAAUAGGAUGGGCAGAUGUAACUGGAAAGAGGCAGUCCCUCAGAUAACCCAGCCCCAGGUCAUACAGGGCUUUAAAGUUUAAAACCAGCACCUUGAAUUGGACCUGGAAGCAAAGUGGCAACUCACCAAGCAGAAGUAUGACAUGUGCUGUUUUGGAAGCACAUUUAACUGCCCGUACCGCUGCAUUCUGCACCAGUUGAAGCUUCUAGAUACUCUUCAAGGGCAGCCCCAUGUAGAAUGCAUUACAGUAGUCCAGUCUGGAGGUGACUAGAGCAUGAGUGACUGUGAACAGGGCCCCCCAAUCUAGGAAUGGGCACAACUGGCACACAACAUGAAGCUAUGCAAAGGCCCUCCUAGCCAUGACAGCCACCUACUCCUGCAGCAGGUGUUAUGAGUCCAGGAGGACCCUCAGACUGUGCACUGGGUCUGUAUCAGUAUCAAAGAAUCCAUAUGUGUUUAGAAGUAAUGAUUGAAUGGUUGUUGCGCUUGUAUAAUGACUGAUCAUCAGUUUCUAUUCACUCUUCACUGUAUGAAACAGAUAUAGUUAAUGUUAAUGGCUAAAUCAACAUCUGCUGAUAUUUCCAUCCACUGCAUAAGCCCCUGUAGUCACCCCUGUCUCUGGAGCUGCAGAGUGGGUGCUGGGGGAGAGCAGAAGCUUCCAUCUCAUCCAGUCCCCCCAGUUCCUUUGUAUUUCCCCUUCCCUUCUGACAUCAAGUCAUCAUAAUGUUUUGCCACAGUUUCCCCAUUUUGGGUGUUCUGAGAAGACUUUGCCACUCCCUUGUGUAGUUGUUGAGUUUGGAUCUGCUUUGCAAAAAAUAAGAAGUGAGGAGAUGCUCAUGCAGUUCACAUAAGUACUGCAGAGAAUUAGUGGGGGUGAAGCCCAUGGCUGUGUGGAAUAACUCCUACAGUAUUAAUUUAGAACUGUUACCCUAUUAGUUUCAUGUAUUCAUGUAUUCACAAGAUCAUACAUAUCUACCCUCCAUAUUCUGCCAUCUAUUCUCUUUCCCUGUUCCUGAGCUGUAAGUUGCCCUCCAUGGAUAUAAGGCUAUACAUAAAAAUCCGUUUCCUAGAAGGACGCCCCUCAGGCAGAUGACCACAUGUUAAAGCUUUGUAUUUGUAAUCUAAUCACCUUAAAGGCAUGUGGGGCACUACUGCUAUCACAAGUAGCUCCUCAUGUGGCGGAUUGUCUUGCUCAGGGCCAUUUUAGGAUUCAGAUCCAUGUUCCCAUAUAAGCCCAUGCUUCACUUUUAAUCAGUUCCUAUUUCAAAGUAAUUUUCCAUCUUGUUUUGUUCUUUUGAUGUCAGUGACCAAGUGAACUUAUAAUAUUUGAAUAUUUGGGAAGAUUAUAUUUUACGUACAUGUUUUAGGAGUAAAAAUUAUUAAUCUAUCUUAUUUCAAAUAUUUUAGAUGGAGUCCUUUCCAUGUUUGUGACUUGGGUAGUUCCCCUCCCCCAAAGCUCUGAUACAUGCAAAUACACAUAUUGAUAUAGAUAUGGAUAUGAAUUAUCUUCCAGCUAUUAAACUUCUUGAAGCGGACUUUUAAUUCAAGGUAUUGGCAUGUGCUAAAAGCAGAAUAUUAUCAAAAUAAAUAACUAUAGCUCAGUGAGAUAAAAGCACAGACUUCCCAAAAACAUUCUUUCUGUCUGAAAGCAGAGGUACAGAAGGUUUUGUGGGAAAGUUCCAAUGUCUUCCAAAAAGUCAGUUGUGUAGUGAUAAAUAAAAGAUAGGCAAAGCAUUCCCCCCCAAAAUUCCAUAAAAAUGUGAAGGUUAUAAAAGAAGAGGCCAUGGGUAAGGAAUAACAUUUUUAGAAUCUGUUUAACUUUAAAAUUUUGGAGCUGCAGUGGUUUCCUGGCAUAGCAUCCUGAGGCCCAAACUUCCAUGUCAAUAUUUGCAGUAGUUUAAUCAUCAGCACAUAAUUCUCAAUAGCUUUCUUUGGUAGCUGAUCUAAAUAGCACUUUGUCCUUCCUAAUCAGGUAAGAGAGCACAACAUUUCUAAUUUGCUACAACCAAAUGGGGGACUGUUUCCUUUAGGACUGUCUGUUUUUUUCCUGUUUAUUUCUUUCUUGUUUCCUGUGAGACAAAGUUUCUGUUGUUGGAUGUCAAUAGUUAUUUGAUGAAAUGAGCGUAAUCAACUGCUGUCAGAAAAAACGAAAUACAAGCUGUUCCCAUAGAUUGCCUCCUACAGACUUCAGUUUAACAGGAGAUUAAAAGGAAGUGGCCCCUGCCUGCUUGCACUACUUUUCUUCGGAUGUUUCCUCACUCGUACACAUUGUAUAUAGCCAUUGCUAGUACAUCAGAUCACUGAUAGGAAGAGACAUUUCUAUCUUCCUCAACAUGCUAAUUUUGCUCUAAGAGCAGAAUACUUGAGUUAUUAUUCCAGUAUAUUUAAUUUCUGGUUUUUGAAGAUAUCCAAAUAUAUUAAUGGUCACAAAAUAAAUUUGGCUUCCUAUUCCCUUUAUUCCUAGGUUUGUAUCCUUCUCUCCUAUUCCCCAUCUUUGUUUUUCACAUACAAAUAAUCCUUAUUCUCUAGUUCUCUCUUUCUCAUCUCAGGUGCUCUAGGAAUACCUUGUUUAGUCUUGUUUCCUAUGUGUAGGUGACUGUCUACAAAUCAGUAUAUUCUGCUAUUCACUUUGGAUAUACAAUGGCUAGUACUUCCUUGGGGCCAGCCUUGAUUUUAUUAAUCUGCUGCUUCAUCAACUUUUCACAUUCGUUAUCAGUAUUUAUGAAAAAAGAGGAGGCAAACCAGGUUCUGAGGGUUCAGAAACGUGCUAACACCUUCUUGGAGGAGAUUCGCCCAGGAAAUUUGGAGAGAGAAUGCAGAGAGGAACAGUGUUCAUUUGAGGAGGCAAAAGAGAUUUUCAAGUCGCAGGAGAAAACGAUGGAGUUUUGGUUCAAUUACAAAGAUUCCAACCCCUGUAAAGAAAAUGGAUGUAAAAAUGGUGGAAUAUGCAAGGUCAAACACUAUACAUAUUCCUGUACUUGUCCCCCGAGGUAUGGAGGAAAUCAGUGUGAAACGGAGAAGUUCGAAUGCUGGUACAAAAAUGGCGGGUGUUGGCAAUAUUGCCAAGAUACUGAACAUUCAUUUCGUGUGAUCUGCUCCUGUGCAAUAGGAUAUAAGCUAAAUGAGGAUGGGAAGAGUUGCACGCCCUCAGAUCGCUUUCCCUGUGGGCUGGUUAAGCGAUCCACACGUUCCUAUGAGGAAGGAAGAACCAAACAAAGUGAAAUGAAUGCUCAGGAGAACGUGACCAAUUGGAAUCGGACAUUAAGUUGGGCUUCCUCAGGACUGUUGAACUUCACAGGAGAAACUGAAGAAUAUGACAUGGAAAACCUAAAGGAAAAUUUCACAGAAGAGGAUUUACACAGAUGGCAAAAUAUCAACUACACAGAUGAAGAAGAUUCCAGAAUAAUUGGAGGGUCUUUCUGCCACCCGGGAGCAUGUCCUUGGCAGGUACUGAUUCAGAAUAAUAGAGGUUACGGUUUUUGUGGGGGCAGCUUGAUCAGUAGUCAGUGGGUACUUACUGCAGCACACUGCCUCGAUACCGUUAUCCCACAUCAAGUUACAGUGGGAGACUUUGACAAACAUCAGCGAGAACGAGAUGAGCAAAAAGUGGGAGUGCGGCACUACUGGAGACAUCCUCAGUAUAACUCGGUGAACUACAACAACGACAUUGCUUUGAUCCAACUGACUAGUGAUGUGGUUUUUAGCCAGAAUGUGCUUCCUAUCUGCCUUCCUCGCCCUAACCUGGCUACUUUGCUGAUUGAAGAGGUAGCCCAGGGAACAGUUAGCGGAUGGGGUGCAACUCAUGCUAAGGGUAGGUUAACUCGCUUUCUCAUGAAAGUUAGGUUGCCCAUUGUGAGCAUGGAGACCUGUCAGCAGUCGACCAAGAAGCUCAUUACAGACAACAUGUUUUGUGCAGGCUAUGAUGCAGAAGGGCAGGAUGCCUGCAAAGGAGACAGUGGCGGACCUUUUGCUGUAUCUUAUCGCAAUACUUGGUAUCUCUUGGGCAUUGUCAGCUGGGGGGAAGGUUGUGCUGAAGUGGGAAAAUACGGAGCUUAUACUCUAGUAUCCAAUUAUAUUUCAUGGAUAAAGGAAGUAAUUGAAAGUGUAACUCAUUCUGGAGGCUUUUUGCAGACCCUGCAGUGAAAGUCAAUCUGUAUAAAAUAUAAUUUUUGUGCAUUUGGUAAUAUUUACCAACUUGAAUAGCCAGAUCACAUUGCAGGCUGGUAUCCCCUUGCUACUCUUAGCUCCAGUAACCAGUUAAGUUGCCAUUUUCUUUGUGUGGAAGCAGAACUGUUCUAGAAGUCUGUACCUCAGCAUCUGAUCCAGAUGUAAGCAUAAGCAACUGGAUAGGUAGAAACACUGCCUCAGCAUCUCCUUUUGUGAGGUGGUUCUUCAACCCUCACAAAAUACUUCACAGGCAUUGACAAAAACAGCAUCACAGUGUCACACCACAAGCUCCACCUCUUUCAUAUCUGUGAGUGAGAUCAGGAUCUGUGUAAAGAAAGGGGUGGGGCUUGCAGAGUGAUCCUACAAUUCUGCUUUCAUCAUCCUGAUCCUCCCUUGAAACCUCCCCCUUCCACAAAUGCUAUGUGGUUGUGUGAUCCUGCAGAGUGCAGUAGUCUAUUAGGAAAAGGAAGAGCUAAACAUUCAACUUGAGUUCAUAUAAACAUACAUAAUUUGGUUAUUGAAUUAAACCAUUCUCUUGGAUUAACAAAAUACGUUUGAAAUAUAAAAUAACCAGAUGAAAAACCUGCAGCUGCACAACUUGCCAUGCUUGGUUACUGUUAAUCUUAGAUAGCUUUUUUGUGCUGGCCAAAAAAAAAAAAGCCACAAGUUGUGCAGCUGCAGAUUUUUAAUUGACCUGGUUAGUUGUCUCAGUAAUAUUUUCAGAAUGGUGAAUGCAGGAGCUGUUUCCGUCAAUCCAUUUCCAUGCAUCUAAAUAAUGACCUCAGUGACUGGAACAAUCCAAGGAGCAAAAAGGGAUCUAAAGCAGCCAGUGAAACUGAGUUAAACAAACAAAUUUUUAAAAAUGUAUUAAAAUGGUAUGAUUGCUUUUGAAAGUAAGAAUUGCAGGCAGUGUUCAGGUAAGCACGCUGCCCUAUUUGGGGUCUUUAUCUCCACCCCCAGAUUGUGCUGGCAAAUUUUGGUGGCAGAACAUGAUCAUUCAGCAGCGCAGAUUGGUGGACAGGUUUGUUCCCAAAACAUGGAAAAGAGGUCUAUAAAUAUUCUGCAGCUUUUAUCACACUUGUUUCCCUUAAAAAAAACCACCACUUUCAAACUCCUCCAGGAAUGCCAAAGCUCUUGAAACCUGUCCCAUAGAGGUCACAUGUAAAUACAUAAGGGGGGGUAUUGUUCUUCCCCCUGGGAUGCCCAUGGCUAUAGCCCACUCCCUUGUUCUCUGGUGAGCAUUUAGAGACAUACUGAAUUUGAGCCUUUGGCACAGAACUGCACUCAGUCGUUGAAUGGUGUGCUGCAGACUGCAUUCUAUAAAGUGGGCAAGGCCAGGUGAAAGAAAGGGUUAGACAAAUAAUUUGAUUUUACCCCAUUACCUUAAUUAAACUUGAAUAAAAUAUUACUUCACAUUAUUACUCUUGAAGCAGUAUGCUAAAGGUAUGCAUUUCUGCCUCAGAGCCGUAGGAAUUCCAAACUUCAGCACUGUAUCUUGCAACUACAGGUCAGAACAGUAGUGCCAGCAGCAAACCAAAAUGAUGCCAGAAUGACAUGUGCAUGACAACAUCAUUCAAAUGCCACCAUUAUGGACUUGCAUUCUGGCAUCUGAUGCACACCAGUCAUGGCAUUUGCAUGACACCAUUGUCAGGCAGGUUUUGCCACUUGCUCCCCUCAGAUGCCCAUGCCUCUCCCCCCCUCCACUUUUGGAAUUCAGCCACCAAUAUGCCCCACAAAGCCCAGCGCAGCCUCAAGCCAAUCUGUUGCAUGUGCCUGAGCUACAAGAACAAGCUCCUCUUCCAACAUGGAAAAUAGGUCUACAGAACAUAAUCUUCUGCUUAAUUUAAGCAAAUGGUGAGGGGAGAGAUCUCAAGAAAGGAAUGUUUCACAUUCCUCAAGUCAUAUUCCCAAAUAUAGUCUGGAUUGGAUCAGUCGUAGUCAUGGCAUGUGAGCCCCGAUUACGUUUUGAAGCUUUUGAGCAUUAUUACAACUGAACAGAUGAAACCCUGUGAAUGAAAACAGAGUUCAUUUUAACUAUUAGAACUGUGAAUUUAAAAAUGACUGCAGAAAGCAGUUUCUUUUUUAAUUCCUAGAAGACACCUUUUUUUUAAAUCUUCUGUCUGCAUCAUCCUUUGAUUUCGAAAAACCCUAUUUAUCUCUCACAUGUUAGAAUCUAGCUGCUCCCUAGAUGCCUAAGUUAGGAAAGUACUCUACUGAAAAUAACUAUAAAGGUCUUGCAAUCUUCAAGGACAUUUUAGCAGUGGGGAAAGACCCUUUAGGCAUUUUACAACUGAACCAAAGAACAGCAUCUACAAAACUAAAGACAAUUGCGAAUAUAUCUAGAUAUAGACUGGGGAACCAGGAACUUUCAAUCAGGGCCCCUGGUCCCUCAAAUCAUUGAAUAGCAUGUUCCAUCCAGCUAUAAUACAACUAUAUAUUGCUCAUGAAUUGCCAAUUACCACGUGGAGGUUGUAAGUGGAAAAGUUUGGAGAACAUAAGCCAUCUAAUCCUCCUCACAUAUUCUUUAACGAUUGCAGGUAGCUAGUGUGCCUGAAGAGAGCCAAUUUUGUGUAGUGAUUAAGGCACCAGACUAGAAACUGGGACACUGUGAGUUCUAGUCCUGUCUUAGGCAUGAAGCCAGCUGGGUGACUGUGGGCCCAGGAAGGAAGCAAUGGCAAACUGCUUUUGAAAAACCUUGCCAAGGAAACUGCAGGGACUAAUCUAGGCAGUUGCCAAGAGACAACAGACUUGAAGACACCAAAAAGAAAAAAGUGUGACUAUUUAGUAUUUUUAUUUGGUAUGCACUUAUAUCCGACGUUUUCUGCCAUCAAGAUUGCAUUCUCAAUAGUUAAGAUUUUCUCUUAAAUUUUACUGUAGGCUAUGCCUUUUUCUGGUACUCCUGUAACUCUAAAUUCUUUUUUACAGUAUAGAACUGACACCAUGUUUGGAUUAUCUUUAUCUUCCCACCUUUUCCCUCCCAUUUUUCUGUGUGUAGCACCCUCCUAGUGUACUCAAAGAAAGAAAAAUGGCAUAUAUUGUAUUUCUUUUACCUUAUCACUAAUAUCUGUGGUAAUUCUUAGCUGUUACGUCUUAAAACAGGUUGUGUUUAAGUUCAUAUUCAUUUUUAAUAAACAGCAUAUUCCUUUG